AUAUGUCUGCACAGUCUUAACAAAAGCUUUGGAGUUCUCUCCCUAUUUAAGCCCAACCCUUUAACUUGCUUUGCCUAUCCAAACCAUAAAACAUAAACCACCUCUCUAUCUCUCUCUCUUUCUCUCUAUCUAUAUUCCACAUUGCAUUAAAAAUGAGUGGUUUUGGUUUUAGAAGCCUAACAACACUAACGCUUCUCAUUGCUUUUCUUGUAUGGUCGUCGAAUUUCGAAGCUUGCAUUGCCAGAAGAGGAAGACAUUGGAGGCAACACAGCAGAGGAACCUCUUCCUCUUCCUUGUACAAGAAGAGAAGCAAAAGCCACAACAGUCACCACCACAAAGGCAGCGGAUCAAAACCGAAAUAUUCUCCGCCUCAUAACAAGGCGGCUCCGCCGGUGUCCCCGCCGCCACCUCCGACAGUGUCAGCCGGCAACAAUGCCCCGCCGCCGCCCCCGAAGAAUAAGGGAUACAACAAUGGCGUGCAUUCUGUGUCCUUCGACGUGCUAGAUUUUGGUGCCAAGGGUGAUGGCAGUACGGACGACACAAAGGCGUUCGAAGUUGCGUGGGCAGCCGCUUGUAAGGUCGAGGCAUCAACGAUCAUCGUUCCUCCUCAAUACCAAUUCCUCGUUGGGCCCAUCUCAUUUUCUGGCCCAUAUUGUGAAGCCAACCUUGUUUUUCAGCUGGAUGGGACAAUCAUAGCUCCAACAGACGCCAAAGCGUGGGGCAAAGGUCUAUUGCAAUGGCUGGAAUUCUCAAAGCUAAGAGGAAUUACAAUUCAAGGAAGUGGAAUCAUAGACGGAAGAGGCUCAGUGUGGUGGCAAGAAUACUCUCCCUAUGAUGACCCUGCAGAUGAUGACUUAAAGCUCAUCAUCCCAAUAAACAGCACCUUUCCUGAGCACCCACCAGAGCCGAUGAAGAGCAAGCAGAGUGGGAAAAUGCCAAGCAUCAAACCAACUGCCCUGAGGUUUUAUGGGAGUUUUAACGUGACGGUCACGGGCAUAACAAUCCGGAACAGUCCCCAGUGCCACCUCAAGUUUGACAAUUGUGUGGGGGUGUUGGUCCAUGACAUGAGCGUCUCAUCUCCCGGUGACAGCGCGAACACGGAUGGAAUUCACCUGCAGAACUCCAAAGAUGUGCUAAUCCACAGCUCCACUUUCGCCUGUGGAGACGAUUGUAUUUCAAUACAAACUGGAUGCUCAAAUGUAUACAUACACAACGUGAACUGUGGACCGGGUCAUGGAAUCAGCAUUGGAAGUCUAGGGAGGUAUAACACCAAAGCGUGUGUCUCUAACAUCACCGUCCGAGAUGUCAACAUGCACAACACAAUGACUGGUGUCAGAAUCAAGACAUGGCAGGGUGGAUUAGGCUCUGUCCAGGGAGUUCUGUUCUCAAACAUUCAAGUAUCUGAAGUCCAACUUCCAAUUGUCAUAGACCAGUUUUAUUGUGACAAAAGCACGUGCAAGAACCAAACAUCAGCUGUGGCUGUAUCAGGAAUCACCUACGAGAGAAUAAGAGGGACCUACACAGUAAAACCCGUACACUUUGCCUGCAGUGAUAACCUACCCUGCACAGAUGUGACACUAAACGGCAUACAGCUGAAACCUCUACAAGAACACUAUCACAUGUACGACCCCUACUGCUGGCAGACUUUUGGAGAGCUGAGGUCUCCUACUGUCCCACCAAUCGCUUGUUUCCAGAUUGGCAAGCCAUCUAGCAACCAUCUUCAAUCCGACCACGAUUCAUGUUGAGAAUCCAUACUUGGUCAUUUGGUGUUGGUACGUAAUAUUAGUGAGGUUGGCAAGUUUUCCCGACCCCUUCCGCACCAUUUGCAGGAUAGAUAGAAGAUUGUAAAUUGGAAGUACUAGCUUGUAGGGAAUUCCUCUUUAUCAGGUUUUACAUUGCCAUUGUGAGAGAGCAUAUAGAAUUUGGUUUUCAGAUUGAGACCUAUAGUUGUCAAUAUAAGCCAUCUUUAUUGUUAUGGCAAAUUAAUUGCCUAAGUGAUAUAUAUUAUACGAGUGCUUGCAUCUAAGUUAUGCAAUAAAGGUUCCAUAUCUACACUUACUGAAGAUUAUGGACACUGAAAGUAAGGAAAAAAAAAAUCAGGAAUUGCAUGUUUCAACAAUGUACA